GUGCAGAUAGGUAGGGCUGAAGGAAUGGGGAAACGGGAGAGUUUCGCGUCGGGAGCGUGGAGGACAGGACAGCCGCGGCUCUGCCCCGUCCGGGCUCCGUCUUAGCCUCCAGCGUGUCCCUAAGGCUCCCUAAGGCAGCCUCUGCCUCUUCUCCAGCCCUGUAAUAGCGAGCUCGGGACUUCUCCGGUCGCUUUUCCCCGCUUGGAGGCAAGUAGUGACACCUCCAGCUCCGCCGCCGCCGCCCAGCUCCAGCCCCAGCCGAGGAGCCCUUCAUCCCGGCAGCGCUGCCGGCCCUCCAGGAUGUCUCACAUAAAUGAAAUGUGGUGCUGUCACUGGAAAUGGAAGCUGCAUCACUGUCUCUACUUGUUCAUCCUGUAUAUUACAUGCAUGCAGCAAGCAGCGCAUGGAUGCUACAACUGUAGGACUGUGCUAACUGACCCCUCUGGAGUUUUCACUUCUCCAUGCUAUCCAAAUGAUUAUCCCAACAGCCAAGCUUGUAAAUGGAUCAUCCGAGCACCUCAUGGAUUCAUUAUACAGCUAACAUUCAGUGAUUUUGACAUUGAAGAAGCACCGGGCUGCAUUUAUGACUCAUUGACAUUGGACAAUGGAGAGAGCCCAAUGAACCUUUGUGGCAUCACUGCCAAGGGAUUGUCAUAUAAUUCUACUGGAAAUGAAAUGAUUGUGUCUUUUAAAAGCGACUUCAGUAUCCAAAAGAAAGGUUUUAAUGCCAGCUAUGUACGAAUUGCUGUGUCUCUGAGGAAUCAGAAGGUCAUCAUUCCCCAGGAUCCUGACGCUGAUGCUGUAUCGGUGGCAGAAACAGUCUUGGUUCCAGAGCUCAGCCAGUUCACACUAUGCUUUGAAGCAACCAAGAGUGGCAGUGAUGACAAUGAUGACUGGAAGAUUUUCUCUUAUACUGAUGCAUCAUCAAAAGAAUUUUUCGGCUUUGGGAAGACCACAAAAGGCCAUUUUCUGUCCAUCUCAGGCACACAAUGCAUACUGGACAACGCAUUGCCUCGAAAUGUGGAGUUUUUCACAGGAACAUUUGAACAGCUUUGUGUCAUAGGGGAUAGUUUCUCGGGCACUAUUGGUGUAUACGCCAAAAACAUCUAUCGUAAUACAUACUGUCCAGAUAUGUUUGGCAAAGUUAUCCCUGGAAAUGGGAGGCUUGUGCUGGGCUCUAACAGCAAUGAAGUGAGCUCUCUAAAUGGGGACGUUUACAACUUCCGCCUCUGGAAUUUCACCAUGAAUGCUCAAACACUGGCUAACCUCAGCUGUGAUGUGAAAGGAAACAUUGUAGACUGGGAAAAUGAAUUCUGGAGUAUUCCAACUUCAGCACUGAAGGCAGAAAACAAUUUGAGUUGUGGCUCAUACCUAAUUCCUUCUUCUACAAUUGAACCAACAAGUUGUGCAAACCUAGGAAGCCUUUGUCAAGCUACUGUAAAUGCUACUACUCCUACACCACCCACUGUCACCACUAACAUGCCUGAUACUAAUAGAACCGAUAAGCCAAACAAUGGUGGGCUAUUCUACAGGAUAUCUAUAACUGUCUUUAGUUACAACUCCAACUCAGAAUCAAAAGUACAUGAUGUGGUUGCAGAAUGGCUAAACCAUACUUUCCAGAACUGGAAUUACACUGUAUAUGUGGUCAAUAUCAGCAUCCAACCUGGUACCAUAAAAGAGGCAGUAAGAGAAAAAAGAAGCAUCGAUAGUAAACGUUUUGAGGUUCUAGCCCUUCUGGUUUAUAAUGCUACCAACAACAUCAAUUUAGAAGAGCAAGACAUCCGACAAAAGCUCAUAAGUAAUAAUGAGUCCAUAGCAGAGGGAUAUAGGCUUCAUACAGUGGAAGUUGAUCCAGUGGAGAAAUGUUUAGCUGAAGAAAACCCUCCAAACUAUUUUUGGCCAGACACCAGACCAACAGUUACCAACUUUACAUUUUGCCAUGGGAGUUCAGUUCAGACUGCAUCAAGAACCUGCUAUUUGGGUCUGCAGAAUUACACAUCAUACUGGGGCCAACCAGAUCUUAGAAAUUGCACAGAAAAUGCAGCUGAUAUUGCCAAUCAGCUUUUGAAUCUCACUGGUGAAGGGCAGCAGCUUACCUCAGACAAAGUAAACGAUGUUGUCCAGAAACUCAAAAAAAUUGUGAAUGAUGAAGAAAUUGAUGAAUCUCUGGGUUCUACUGUGGUGACAAUUUUUUCCAAUAUUCUAAACAGUUCAGACAGUGUAUUGGCAGCAUCAUCUUCAGAAGCUCUUAAAACUAUUGAUGCCUUGGCUUUAAAGAUCCAAUUCACAGGACCAUCCAUGAGUAUUUCAACACGCAAUCUUGCACUUGGAGUGUCUUCUGUAAAUUCAACUUCAUUCAAAGGUUCUUCUUUCAGUGUCAGUCCACAGAAUAAUGCAUCUGAUUUCCAGAUAGACUUUGACAAGGAUCAGACAAACGCCAUUGCUUCUGUCAUUCUGCCACCAAGUUUACUGAAGAAUUUAAGUCAAGAUGACAUUGAAGUUAUAUCAAGGGCUCAAUUUACUUUCUUCAAUAAAAAUGGUCUUUUUCAGGAUGCAGAAACUCCUGGAAACUUGACCAGUUUUGUGGUGGCAUGCAGUAUUGGAAACAUAACUAUUCGAGAUCUUCAGGAAUAUGUGAAGAUUACAAUUAAACAUACCAAAAUUCAAGAAGAUCCUAAGCCAACCUGUGUCUUCUGGGAUAUGGCCAAAAAUGGUGGCAAUGGUGGCUGGAACCCUACGGGCUGUGAAGUGCAAGCAGACUCCAAUGAAAAUGAAACAGUUUGCUUAUGCAACCACCUCACACACUUUGGGGUACUCAUGGACCUUCAGGGAACCACUACAGAAAUAGACCCACAGAAUACCAAGAUCCUCACUUUCAUCACUUACAUAGGCUGUGGGAUAUCUGCUAUAUUUUCAGCUGCAACUCUUCUGACAUACAUUGCAUUUGAGAAGCUAAGAAGAGAUUAUCCUUCCAAAAUCCUAAUGAAUUUGAGCACAGCUCUGCUCUUUCUGAACUUGACUUUCUUGCUUGAUGGUUGGAUUGCAUCUUUUGACAUAGAUGGCCUCUGCAUAGCCGUUGCUGUACUUUUACACUAUUUUCUUUUGGCCACCUUUACAUGGAUGGGACUAGAAGCCGUUCAUAUGUACAUCGCUCUAGUGAAAGUGUUCAACACCUACAUACGGAGAUACAUACUCAAGUUCUGCAUCAUUGGCUGGGGUUUGCCAGCUCUAGUGAUAGCAAUUGUUUUAGCGAGCACAAAUAAAAAUGCAAGUCACGUUUAUGGAAAAGAAUUGUAUGGCAGAGAUGCUACUGGGCAAGGAGACGACUUCUGUUGGAUCAAGAAUAAGGUUGUCUUUUAUGUGACUGGUGCCGGAUACUUUGGAAUCAUGUUUCUCUUGAAUGUUGCCAUGUUUGUAGUAGUGAUGGUGCAGAUCUGUGGGAGGAAUGGGAAAAGAACUAAUCGAACUCUAAAGGAAGAGAUCCUGAGGAAUCUCCGUAGUGUGGUCAGCCUGACCUUCCUCUUGGGCAUGACAUGGGGCUUUGCCUUUUUCGCCUGGGGUCCCUUAACUCUGCCCUUCUUAUACCUCUUUUCCAUUUUCAAUUCACUUCAAGGUUUAUUUAUAUUUGUAUUCCACUGUGCAAUGAAAGAAAACGUGCAAAAACAAUGGAGGAGACAUCUAUGUUGCGGCAGAUUCCGACUGGCAGACAAUUCAGAUUGGAGCAAGACAGCAACAAAUAUCAUAAAGAAGAGUUCUGAUAAUCUUGGGAAAUCCCUAUCAUCUAGUUCCAUUGGCUCCAAUUCAACAUACUUAACAUCCAAAUCCAAAUCUACAACAAAUACAUACUGCAAACGAAGUAGCCAUACAGAGAAUAUUUUUGUUGACAAGCCAUCUUCAAAAUUUGCCCAAGAGGACGGAGAGCAGACAUCAAUCAUUCCUGUCCACCAGGUUAUUGACAAGGUCAAGGGAUACUGCAAUCCUCACUCUGAUAACUUUUAUAAAAAUAUCAUCAUGUCUGACACAUUCAGCCACAGCACAAAGUUUUAAAUGGACUUCUGAAUUCUUCAAACUAAAUGAAGCCAAAACAUCUGCCCAGAAUGAAGAAUACUGAAUAUCAUACAAUGUGAUCUGCCCUGUUAAUUUUUCCAGUUUAUAAUGUUACCUUAUAAACAGAUUCCACUUGUUGGACCAAUUUCUCUACCUUAUUCCUAUUGUAGGAAAGGACAAUUUUCUGCCAUGAUAUUGAGCUGUUUUACAGAGUGUGCCCACCAACAUGGCACCAGGACAGUUAAUCAUAAUCCUGUGUAAAUAUUUUUUUUAAGACAGAAGAAGAGCCAUAAGCAUAACUCCAAAUGAUACAGUCUGAACAGACACAUAUCCUGACUCCUGGAGAAAAUAGCAGACAUGUCAUGCAGUACAGACAAGCUCUUACCUAAUAGUAUACUUAUGGUCUAUUUCUUUUGAAAAACAUGAAUUUUCCUACAGCACUCGUUAGAUUCUCCUUAUUUUCUCCUUACUGACUGUCCGAUGCUUCCUAUUUUUUUGUGUUUUUUUUUUUGUUUGUUUAUUUGUUUUUUUAAGUGAAUAAAACACUAAGACCAGUCUUAUAGGGAUUUUUAAAAAACAUUUUUUUACUGAAUAGACCUAGUUCUGUAAAUUCAGGCUAUUCUGAAAACAAAUACAUAUAAACACUCUUACUACAUAGAUCUGCUGGAUGAGGAAGACCUGUAGGCUGUUAGUAAAUCUUCUGCAAAUUUUAAGCCUAUGAGAUAUGUAUGGCAGCAUACAUCUGCAUUGGUGCAGAACAAGGUAAAUCCAAAGUUUACACAAAAUCAUCUUUCAAUGUUUAAUGAUCAGCAUGUAGGAAAAGCAGUAUCUCCCAUUGCAACUUUUAUUAUGCAAUGUUUGUACCAGUGUGUGCAGUCUUAUUUUUUGCUAAACAAAACAGAAAAAGCUAUGUAUGAAUGUAUAAAUACAUAUUUAGAUUUCUUUCCACACAUACUUUUAUAAUAUGCACCCAGUCAAUAUUACAGAGGAAACAGUGUGUACUACAGACAAUCUAAGAAAGGCAAACAGUGGUAAACUUGAAUACGCUUAAUAUUCUGUGAUCCCAUAGGUUCAUUUGCCAGUCUCUCUACUUCAGAUAUGCUGUAUGUACAGGCAUCUCCAUCAGAUGGCUUUGCAACAUUAGCAUAACCUGAGUUACAUUUACCAGUAAUAAAUACAUGACAUCAUUCUGGGCACAUGACACAGUCAGUAUCAGUAUCCCUCUCCUGCCCCUGCAUUGGCUGAUUGGCUUGAAGUUGUUGGAGGCACAAAUUUUAAAGUGUUGAGGCAA